AUGUCGUCAACACAACUUCGCCACGAAGUCAUCCGGCUUUACAGAGAGCUUCUCUAUCUAGGUAGAGAAUAUCCCGUGGGGUACGGCUACUUCAAGCCUCGUCUUCACAAGGCGUUCAAGGCGAAGUCAGCUCUCAGGGAUGAAGACGAGAUCCGCAAAGGCAUUGCCCAAGGCGAAUAUGUCAAGAAAGAGAUAGAAGCUCUGUAA